AUGACAUCAAAGCCUUUUGUGAGGACCACGUGUGACAUUGAGGCUCACGCUUCGAAGAUAUAUACACACAAGGUUAUGAAGUCAUUUGGAGAAGAAGUUGCAGGAGGCAUCAAUUACAUUAGUGAAAUUAUUGAAGACAAUGACAGUUGCAAUAUUAAGGUAUCAAAAUGUGAAAGUGGAACAAGGGCCUGCAAUGUAGAGUUCAAUCGUCACAAUCAAACUUUUGUUUGUACUUGCCACAUGUAUGAGAGGCUGGGCAUUAUUUGUAGACAUGGGAUUAGGGUCUUGAUGGUGAAUAAUAUUUUUGAAAUCCCAUCGCAUUACAUAAUGAAGAGGUGGACAAAAGAUGUGAUGAUAGGUGUUGUACUUGAUGCCAAUGGGAAACAAAUGCAAGGUACCUCUGAUCUACCCCGUUCAAUUCGUUUUAAUGAGGUUUGUCAAGUCACUAGAGAACUAGCAGAGCAUGCUUCAGAAAGUGUAGAACUCCAUGCAUUUAUAAUGUUUGAACUAUUAAGUACACUUUCAAAGGUUAAGGCCAAGAUUGGGGGUGUGGUAUUACCAGAUGGUGCUUUUAAGACGCCUUGCAGCAGUCAUAAUGAGAAUAUGAUUGCCGACGGUCACAACGGAGCUGAGGUUGAGGGACAUGCAUGCUAUAACAUCCUUGAACCCCUCAGGCACGAACAAAGGGGAGACCUACCAAUGAUAGAUAUGUAUCUCGAGUUGAGAUAA